CUCUGGUUUGUUGCUUCCGGGUUUGUCACAAUCAUGUGAAGAAAACUGAUUUUGCUAUUUAAAUUAGAAUAAGUUGACUCAUUUCCAAACAAUAUACAUAUCAAGGUGUAAACAUACAAGAAGUUGAAAAAAUGUCGUUCUUCUCAAAGAAACCAACUGUUGAACAAUCAAUAAAACAGAAUGACAGAGUUCUAAGAAAAACUCAGAGAGAUUUAGAAAGAGACAGACAUAAGCUGGAACUUGAAGAAAAGAAACUUGAAAUGGAAAUUAAAAAAGCUGCUAAACAGAAUAAUAAACAGGCAUGUGUAGUUCUAGCAAAACAAUUGGUAAAUUUGAGGAAACAGAAGACAAAAAGUUUUUCAAUGGGCAGCAAAGUAGGAGCUAUAGGCAACCAACAGAAGUUAAUGCAUUCGAAUAUGAAGAUGGCUGGUGCCAUGGGAACUACAACAAAGACAAUGCAACAAAUGAACAAAGUUAUGGAUCCAGUGAAGAUGGCAAAGACAAUGCAAGACUUUGAAAGAGAGAACGCUAAAAUGGGAAUGACAGAAGAAAUGGUAAAUGACACCUUAGAUGAUAUUCUAACAGAAUCAGGAGAUGAAGAGGAAGAAGAUGCAGUUGUAUCACAGGUUCUGGAUGAAAUUGGUAUUGAAAUCUCAGGAAAGAUGGUAGAUGCACCUUCUGCACACAGAGGAAAAUUAGGAGAAUCUUCCAAAUCAAGAGUCACAGACGAUGAUAUAGAGAAACAAUUAGCAGCACUGAAAGAUUUAUAGUAGAUCAUGUAUUUGUGGAUGUGUGUGGUUGUGUGAGUGAAGCUCUGAAUGAAUCCUGAACUGUAUACAGUUUGAUAUACUGUGAUAUUUUGUAUGUUAAUUAACUGUAUGAGAGCUAGCUGGUCGUGGCAUUAUUUAUUUUACCUUCAUAUGUAUAUGUGCAUAUGCAUUUAGUAUCAAAUUAAGUAUGAUAUGAAAUUUAAAUAUCUGUCUGAAAAAAAAUGGAAGAAGAACUUCAGAGAACAAAAAUUUCAGUAUUCAGUAAAUUAUAAAAUUGAAUAGGUAAAUAAAUAAAUAGACGAACACAAGAGUUCUGAUCUGAUUAUCAUGAUUAUUAAAUUUUAACAACAAAAAUUUAAAAAAGAAUUAUCUGAGUAGUAUUAAUACAUUCUUCAUAAAUUUUAGUCAUUUAUCACAUGUCAAUAUAUUAAUAAAUUGAUUUCAUAAUUUAAAGAAUUUAAUUCAUAUUUAGAAAUCUCUGUAAAAUUAUAAGAUGUAGGUUUCAUUUGCCUCUGUAAAAAGGAGCAAUUCUAGAACUUUCAUUUGUUACAUGAAAUUUGGAAAAGCUAUUUUUAAGUUUUUGGUCUAACAAAAAAUGUUGUGCAUAGGCUUAAAAGAAUGUGACAUUAUCUUGAUAUUCAAGGCAAUAAAAUGCAUGUUUUAAUUGUAUCACUACCUAAAUUUUCAGUCAUUUCGAUUUUAAAUGGUUUGUUCCUAUGUGUAAAUUUUGUUUAUAACUUGUUGUUAUUGGAUUUGUUGGAUAUAUGAAACAUUUAUAUAAUAAGUAAAAUAAAAUAUGUAAGGCAUUUGCUGUCAAAUAUAUGAUGGACAAAUAUUGUACCUAUUAUAGCCGCCAAAGUUCAGAAUCAAAGUUGACCCAAUAAAGCAUAAGCAAAACGAGGGAAAAGUAUAGUGUAUUUCAUACUCUGCAAUUUUGAAUCUGGUAGUACUCUUUUUUUGUGUAUUUAAAUUCAGUAAGAGACGUAAUUAUAUUGGAUUGUCACCAAUAUGAACUUUUAAUAAAUUAUCCAAUCAGA